CACUUUUUCUGGUAGUGUACAUGAAAUUGACAAUUUCUUUUUGAUUGUGAGUUUACUAUGUAAACCCAGUUUGGGCAACCCAAAAAGUUAAAAAUAGUAGGGGAAAUCGACGAUACAAAAAAGAUCGCUGCUGUAUUUCCUUUUUGGAGCAUGACAGUAUAUAUUCUUGACACAAAAUCACUUAAGUCUGGAGAGACUGGGUGAGCAAAUGGUGUUUCCUGAGUUUUAGUUUUUGCAUGAACUAUCCCUUUAAGUUGAACACCUGCUUUACUAGCAUAUGUCCACUGGGGGGCGCCUGUCCUCAGUGUCCUGCGCUCUCAAUUACCGUGACAGCAUUAGUGGCAAAUAAUGGCGAUCGUGCAUUUUAUCUGUUUAAUUCUGUCGGAAAUAUAAUAUUUAUAUGGUAGUGGUAGCAAUACCAGGCGUCGUAAAACUUGUUUAUGGUUUGAUUGAUAUUAUUUCGUGCCUGUGGUUCUGUUCUACGGUAUUUAUAACGCUUCUGCAGAGUAUAGCUGCUUGUACUCCCUUAACUAGACAAACAUAUACCAAAGCCGAAAGAAAGACGUAGUGGAAGUGCUAUCACAGUCCUCGAAGCUCUGAGUCCCAGUGAUGAUCUCUCAGAUCACUCCCACGCUGUAUCUGAGUGGAGUGCAGGCCCUGAAUCAGUCAGCGCUGGACCACAGAGGCGUCACUUUGCUGGUGAACGCCUGCACUGAAUAUCCCUGCCCCGAGUUUGAGGGGGUAAAAUGCAUUUGCGUGCCGGUGGAGGACCGUCCUCACGCCCCUCUGGACCAGCACUUUGACAGCGUGGCUGAGCGGAUCCAGCAGAACCACACUGGAAGCUCACUGGUGUUCUGCUCGGCCGGUAGAAGCAGGUCUCCGUCUCUCAUCAUGGCGUAUCUCAUGAGGUUUGAGGGAGUCACACUGCUUCAGGCUCAUCAACGGGUUGUGGCUGCGCGGCCCUUCAUCCGCCCAAACGCAGGGUUCUGGAGGAAACUGCUUCAGUAUGAGAGGAAACUGACCCACUGCAACAGUAUCAGGAUGGUGGCCACCUCGCAGGGCGUCCUACCUGAGGCUAUCCAGCUCACACAGGACUCGUCAUACUGCCUUCACCUAUAAUUCAGUAGGACGUUUUGAACUGGAUUUAUUUAUAUAGUGUGUCUGUGUUUUAAAAGUCUUGAUCAUGUUUAUAUGAAUCAAAAGAUGUUUGAACAUGGUAUUCCUUGAAGUACCAUUUAUGAAUAUGGUAAUCAAUCAGUUACUGCACAAUGGUAAACACUAAAAAAAUGAAGUGGUCAUAAUCUGUGCAGAUUAGAAUAUCAGCGCAGUUACUAAAGACUGACUAUAAUACAAAUGGCUUCAGAGGAGUUAAUUGUGACCCUGUAUUUUUUUUUUAAAUGAAAGAGUUUAUUGAACCUUUAGACAAAAUAUAAAAUAAAAUCUGAAACAUUUUUUCCAUAUGUGUUUUAUGUUUUGUAUCAUAGAUGCAUCAGGCUUUUAUGGCCUAUAGUAUCAUAGUAAGAAUAUGGAGCUUGCAUUUGUAAUUUUUUUUUUAAGUAUAACAUACAUACCAGUUGUCACUUUAUAUCUCAUAAUAACAUGGUAAAAUAAGAUGACGUUUAAAUCCUUAGUUUUAUCAUCAAAGCUCUGUUUUAAUUAUAUAUAAAUAUAAUGCAAUGUAAUACUACUAUAAGCCUGUUUUAACAUUUGAUAUUUACAUUUUAACAUGAAAAUAAAAUGAUGUAGGCAUCAUCAAGUAACUAAUUGCUUUAGUCCAGUUUUCUGCUUGAUAUUAUUUAACAAAAAGAUAUUCUAAUGUUUAAGUUUAUGUAAAUAAUUUAAAAGUUCAACCCGUAAACACUUUAAAAAGACCUGUACCACAACCUGAACGUGUACAUGUUUAGAAUUACACAAAAUUGCCUUUGACUUAAAAAAGUAUGAACUAUCACCUAGAGGACGUAAGGCAUGUAGUAUAGUAUGCAACAGGCUUUUCAGCAAAGAUUUGAUUAUUGUGAUCGUUAAGAGGCCUGUUUAUCAAAAAUGAUAUGUAGGAUUUAGAGUUAAUAUAAUUAGAUAAUAAAAUUAUUCAAACUAAAAUAUCAAUAUUUAGAGAAAAAAAGCUGAAGCUGCUUUGAAACAAUCUGUGUAUUGUAUAAAGCUCUGUAAAAAUAAAGGUGACUACUGUUCAGUCCGUACAAUUAAUCUACAGCAAUCAUUUGAUCAGAUUAUCACAUCAAUCAGAUGACAAUUGAUCAAAUUUAAAUUAACAUCAAAU